AGUGUUGUGUUCUGCUUGUGCUGCAGCGAUGCGCCUCAUCCGCGUCCGUUAUUAUUUCAUAAACACAUCGAUCAUAUUGUUAUGAUAUAUCUACCAAUAUCUGCUUUUGCUUACCGAUGGUCGUAAUAUGGCGAGCUCUUUCACCAGAGCUUCACCUCAAGGGGCCACAGAGACAGAGCGUCUGCUGUCCCCUGUGGUGGGAUAUGGCUCCGGCGACCUGAACGGCGGGGGUCACGCCAGCCCUCCCAAACUGGACAUGAGUGUGUCAGGCUCACGUCUGCGGGCCGAGGAAGAGGAGGAGGCCCUGAGGAGGAAGCUGAAGUACUUCUUCAUGAGCCCGUGUGAUAAAUACCACGCUAAAGGCCGCAAACCCUUCAAACUCGCCCUUCAGCUACUCAAGAUCAUCAUAGUCACUGUACAGCUGGUGUUGUUCGGUCUCAGUAAUCAGAUGGUGGUGGCGUUUAAGGAGGAGAACACAGACUCCUUCAAGCAUCUGUUCCUCAGAGACUAUGUGGAUGAUUCGGAGAAGCCGCUGUGCAUCCACACACAGAGAGACGUUUAUGAUCACAUCCAGUACGCCAUAGAGCAGUAUCUGGCUCUGCCGCAGACGUCGGUCGGCAGGUACGCGUAUGUUCGAGGUUCGGCUCUGAACGACAGCGCCCUCUAUCUGUGCCAGCACUACUACAGGAAGGGCACUAUCGACCCGGUUAAUGACACGUUUGACAUCGACCCUCAUGUCGUCACUGACUGCCUCGGAGUAAAUCCACCUCCAGACUCCUCGAGUCCAUCACAAAACCACGACAGGAACUUCACCCUCAACUUCCAAAAGUUGAUUAAUGUGACUAUCCAGUUCCAGCUGAAGGCGAUAAACAUCCAGACGAUUAUCAAUAAUGAGAUUCCCGACUGCUACACCUUCUCCAUCACUAUCCUGUUUGAUAAUAAGGCUCACAGUGGUAAAGUGAAGCUGAGUUUGCUCAACGAGGCGUUUAUUAAAGAGUGCAGAGACCCCAAUGUUUCAGGACACGCGGACAGUUAUGUGCGCGUGGCGUUCGAUGUGAUGGUGGCGGUGGUCUGCGCUCUGUCUCUGGUGUUGUGUGGACGCUCCAUCCUCAGAGGAAUCAUCCUGCAGCACGAGUUUGUGUGUUAUUUCCGUCGGUCUUUGGGCCGGUCGCUGAGCUUGGGCGAGCGUCUGGAGUUCAUCAACGGCUGGUAUCUGCUGCUCAUCAUCAGCGACAUUCUCACUAUCAUCGCCUCCUUCAUCAAGAUCGCCAUCGAGACCAAGAACCUGUCGUCGUAUGACGUCUGCAGUAUUUUGAUGGGAACCUCCACUCUGCUGGUGUGGGUCGGCGUGAUACGAUACUUCAGCUUCUUUCAGAAAUACAACAUUCUGAUUGUGACUCUACGAGCCGCGUUUCCAAACGUGAUCCGGUUCUGCUGCUGUGCUGCUGCCAUUUACAUGGGCUACUGUUUCUGCGGCUGGAUUGUACUGGGACCCUACCACGCUAAAUUCCGCUCUCUCUCUACGGUGUCGGAGUGUCUGUUUUCUCUCAUUAAUGGAGACGACAUGUUUGCCACGUUCUCGGAGGUGGAGCAGAGCGGGACGCUGGUGUGGGUGUUCAGUCAGCUCUAUCUCUACAGCUUCAUCUCGCUCUUCAUCUACAUGGUUCUGUCGCUCUUCAUCGCACUCAUCACCGGAGCCUACGACAGCAUCACUCAACAAACCCAGGACGUCCCACAGGUGUCUGAACUGCACCGGUUCAUCGCCCAAUGCACCGACACACCGACCUCUGGAAACUUCCACAGCCCCGAGCCGUCGACCUGCUCGCUCUUCUGCUGCUUCAACUAGAGAGACUGGGUUUGUGAAGGGGAUUCUGGGUAAAGCUUUGUUUCUCAGGCACAAGGGAGAGGAAGGGACGUGCACUUCUUUGUGUGUUUGUUUGCAGGUAAAGCUGUUGCAGCUGCACUGAUAGAGCCGAUCUCAGCAUGUAGCGUUUAUACACGUUAUAAUUAAUGAGCUGAAUGUGUUUUGCAUAUUCAUGAGCAUCUUGGCUUAGUGAUCAGGACUUGAUGCACUAGACCAGCUAAAGGGAACUGCUCCCUCUAGAGGCGUGGAGGAGUUAAAGCACACACAAUAACAGAAAAACAUUACACUUCAGGUGAAUCUCCUCGAAUCUCCCUGUGCAGGUGACAUUUCUCCUCAAAAAUUUAGAAAUUAUUUUUUGCUUAAAGAAAACAAAGCAUUUUUUAUUAACAUUAUGAUGUUUAGCAUCUUAUUUUAGGUUGAAAUAUGACCUGCACAUUUUCUUUUAGUGAGUUUAGUGAGUUACAGCACACAAACACAGAUGAAAACACACUUUUCCAGCAUUAUAUUUCAGGGGCUUUACUUGAAUCUCGCAACAAAAUGUCCAGGUCACAUUUCAUCCUAAAAUAAAUAAAUUGCUUAAAGAAAAUGAAUCCUGUUUUAGCAACAUUAUGAUGUUUUGCUUUUUGAGAUUAUUUUCAUGACAGUUAUAAAGGUUUUUGAUUUUCUUUCGUGGUUAUCAUCUAGUUUGUGUUACUGUAGUACAGUAAUGUCUACUGGAAUUGUUCUUCAGUUUAAAUCUGCAUACAUUUUAAAUGCUGAUUCAGCAAAUACAUGAAAUAUAAACAUAAAACAGAAUAGGUUUUGUGGUCUUAUAUGCAAAACAAUUUAAUGUUGUUUCUGAUUUAUUUUAGGUUGAUAUAUGAUUUGCACAUUUUCAGGCAAUAUUUAACCCUAAAAUCGAAGGCAAAAAAAAAUGAAUGAUAUUUUGCUUGAAGAAAAGUAAGGAGGACCCUUAAAAAGUUUUGCUUUGUGAGAUUAUUUUCAUGACAAUUAAAUAUUUGGAUUGUAAUUAAUACUACUGUAUUACA